AUGCCUCCGAAAGUCCAGAAGAGGCUGAUGCACGCCAUCGCCGGAGUCACGGAGACCGAAGAUGAAGUACACAUCGUCGCUUCCUCCACGUCCCUCGGUGAGCAGUCGGGGGACGCCGUGGAACCUGCCUCGCUUUCGAAACUGGAGCCCGACGAGCUGCGAUACUUCGAACUGGUUAAAACGGCAAAGAUUACCGACCUGACAGCGUUCCUGUCAUCUCAUCCCAACCUGAACAAGGACUGUCUCAACUGUCAAGGCUACACGGCGCUGCACGUCGCGGUGCGCCAGAAAGACUUGGCCAUGGUUAAAUUCUUGGUGCAGAACGGGGUUCGCCUGAGAGAUGUGCUGUUGCACGCCGUUGAGACGGGUGACGUGCCGUUGACUGAGUUCCUUGUAACCGAACUGAUUAAGACCGACCCGCAGUGCGAGAGACGUGGGUACGUGUCCAGCGGCGCGUACACCGCCGACGUAUCGCCCGUUAUUUUGGCAGCGCAGAUGGGCCAUUGGACGCUGAUCCACUUCUUCAUCAAACGAGGCAACGUGGUCGAAGCUCCUCACAGGGCUUCUUGCCUCUGCAAAACCUGCAUCAAAGCAAUGAGGAUAGAAGGAGUGAACGUGUCGACGCGCAACCUAAACACGUACAAGGCCAUCUGCAAUCCCCACUACAUGCUCCAGGUAUCGGGAGACCCUUUACUCGAUUCCUUCCUCUACGUUCAGAGCAUGGCGGAGACGUCCUACGCCGAAGAAGAGUUUCGCAGGGCCUACGACGAGCAAAUCGCGAAGCUUCGAAUCUUCACCUGCUGUUUGCUCGACCACUGCCGCACUGUCGAGGAGACCCGCGUGCUCCUCGAACGACGGUCGGGACUCGAAGGACGAGUGGCACAUCUUGCGUUUCCCCGCGUCAUCCUGGCACUGCAGUACAACGAGCGCGAGUUCAUCACGCACUGCCACGUCCAGCAAGUACUUCGCCUCGAGUGGGAAGGAGAGUUUCAAGCGUGGAACCGACUGCCAUUUGAGGUCAAGCUCUUCCACUUCGUGGUCCGGUUCUUCACGCUUCCGUUUAUGGCGGUGUGGAUCAAGCUGAAGCCGGAAUCAACCACGGCUAAACACUGGUGCAGCCCCGUGAGCAAGUACAUGAACCACUUUGCGGCGAGGAUCCUUUUUGUAUUCUUCGUUUAUCUUCAAAUAUCGCUCGACAAGCAGAGAACAUCCAGGGGGGCUCCCAGCACUGGCGUCGAGUGGCUUAUCGUCAUCUGGGUAAUGGGUUACGUCUUCGAAGAGAUCAUACACUGUUACUCCAUCGGCGCGCCGCGCUACUUCAGGAACCUGUGGCACUGGUACGACAUAACCAUGCUCAGCGUAUUUAUCCUCACUUUCAUCUUUUGGAUAGUCGCAUGGUUCGAGGUGCUCGGAGACCCCAGCGAAGGAACCGUGCCCACUCGCAAGGACUGGCCCAGCACAGACAGCACCCUGAUACACGAGGCCCUGUUCGCGGUUUCCUCGGUGCUGAGCGUGUUCAAGCUGAUGUUCUAUUUCCAGGAGAGCGCGAAGCUGGGACCGCUCCAAGUGUCCAUUUCAUCCAUGAUGGUCGAGAUCGUGCGGUUCCUUUUCAUCUGCGUCUGCAUCAUGUUGGCGUUCGCAUUCGGGUUGACGCGUAUGUACGAGCCUUACCACGGAAUGAAAGGAAAGACCCGGACGGCGACGAAGUCAAACAGAACCCGGCCUUCACGACGUUCCUGA